AUGUCGACAGACACAACAGCACUAGCAACUCCUACGGAACCGACGAACGGUCGUCGUGCUGAACCACCUGUUAAUGUUUAUGUUCGUAUUCGACCAUUUAUUGGCGAUGAAAUAACUCGUGGCGAAAAUCAACAAAUGCUUUGCAUUCGUGAUGAAAAACGUAUUGCUGUUAAAUUGUAUCCAACAGCUACAAACAAUAUUCGACCAGCACAAACAUCCUAUAAUGAAUAUGAGGUCACAAGAAUUUUCGAUCAUAAUUGUACACAACAAGAACUUUUCGAACAAAUUCUUGAACAAUCAACUGAUGAAAUAUUUACUGGCUCUAAUUGGCUGCUUUGUACACUUGGUCUUACUAAUAGCGGUAAAACUCAUACCAUGUUUGGUACCCCAAAAGAUCCUGGUCUUAUUCCGCAAUGUUUACAACGUAUAUUUUUACAUAUUGGCUAUAAUAUUGAUACGAAAGUUUUAUAUAAACCCGAUGGCUUAGAAAAUUUAGUUCAAACAAAUAUGAAUAAUCUUCAAGAUGAAAUCAAUUAUCGUAAAUAUAUAUUUAAAGAUGACAAAGACGAUUAUCGGCGCACUCGUUUACAAAGUAUUGUUCAAGAUCAACCGUCAGUUCUUGAUGAUCAUUCAGUUGAAGACGAACAUUAUUCUAUAUGGAUAUCAUUUUUUGAAUUAUAUAAUGAAAGUGUAUUUGACCUCCUAAUUAAACCAAGUGCAAUGAAAAAACGUAAACCAUUACGUUUAAUGCAAAAUAAUGAAUCAACAGUAAUCAAAGAUCUUGUACAAAUACCUGUAUUUGAUUUAAAAGAAGCUGAAGAUACAAUUCGAUUCGGGUACGCAAAUCGUGCUACAUCAAAAACAGAUUUAAAUGAAGCAUCAUCACGUUCACAUGCUGUACUUUGUAUUACAUUAAUUAAUAUUGAUGAAUUUGAAGAAGAACCAACAAUGAGUCAUAUGUAUAUUUGUGAUUUGGCUGGCAAUGAACCAUCGACUGGUACAGGCAAACAAUUAGCUGAAACAUGUAAUAUCAAUACAUCAUUAAUGACAUUUAAAGAUUGUAUACGAGUUUUAAAUGAAAAUCAAACAGCAAAAAAACAAAUGUUAUUACCUUAUCGAAAUAGUGUAUUAACAAGUAUAUUUCGACCAUUUUUUAUUGGUCGUGGACGAACGAUUAUUUGUUGUAAUGUUAAUCCAUGUGCUACAUUUAUUUCUCAGACAAAUGAUCUAUUAAAAUUUAGUGCUCUUGCACAAAAAACGAUUAUUGUACCCGUAGAACCAGCACAGAAGAAAGUUGUCUUAGAAUCAAAAAUCAAAGGUCCUAAACGAUUAGGUCAAGGAGUACGUGGUCCUACGAUAGGAAAAAAGAAAAAUCAUCAAACAGUUGAUAGUGAGGAUGUUGAAGAAGAAACAGCUGUAGCCGUUGAUGCAUCAGGUGCACCAGUAGAUCCAAAUUCGAUUCAUUAUUGGAAAUAUUGUACGAGAAAAGCUCUAGAACUGUUACAAAAACAAGCAUCAAAUCGUCGACUAUUUUUCAUUGAACGACAUGAGGAACGUACUCAAACCGUUCAAUACGUUCUUCAUCAACGCGAUCAAAUGGAACAACUAUUCAAUGAGAAACAAUCAUUAAAUCAAAACAUUGAGUCACUGAGUAAAGCACACACUUCUGAACAUGAACAUCUUAAGCAAGCAAAAGAAAAUUAUGCAGAAUUAGAAAAAAAAUUUAAUGAACUAUUUAAAAAAUAUGCCAAUGCAAAUCGCGAUAAUGAUACAUUAAGAUCGCGUUUAAAAAACGUUCAACAAAAAUUCGAUUCUCUAAAUACAGAAUAUAAUACAACCAUUGAACAAAAUCGUCAAUACGAACAAAAUCAAUUCAAUGAUAAAACGAAUUAUACUGAAGAAAUCAAUCGUUUGACACGUGAUUAUGAACAAGAAAAACAUGAAAAAGCUCAUAAAGAUAAAACAAUCGAGCAAUUAAAUGGAAAACUUCUUUCCGAAAAAAAUCAAAAUGAAAAAUUCCUUCAAGAAGUAACACAACUAAGACACGAUUUAAAAAGUAUACAUUCAAAAUAUGAUACACUUCAAGUUGAAUUACUUCAAUUGCGUGAAACAAAAAACAAUGAACCAGUUCUUGUGGCUCCGCCGCCAUCAAUUUCAGCACCGCCACCAAUACUUGCAACGCGAACAUUACGAUCGAAAAGAAGUGCACACGAAGAGGAAACACAAGAUAACAAGAAGUCCAAGCUUGGAACACCUGAUCGACCUGCAGGCAAUAGUGGUCCCGCGCAUAAACCUAGUACACGACGAGUACUAUCAAAGCCGAAUACGGAAGAAGAACGCAAACCAACACCACCUAUUGUUAAAGAUGUGGCUAAAACGAAGAGUAGUGUAUCAAUUUUAAAGAAACGACCAUUGGCACCAUCAAAUAGUGCUGAUUCUCCAAUGAUGACACCUAAAUUAACUACUCCAGCAACAGCAUCACCUAUUAUUGAUCUUCGACCACCCUCAGUUGUUGCAACAUCAAUACAAAGUACGAUGAGUCCGAAGCCUACCGCAAUUCAACGUAUUCAAUCAUUUUUUCGACAUACACCACCAUCGGCAUCAAAUCGUAUUAUUAACCAUUUAAAGACUAAUUCAGCAGGUAUCGCAUGUGCUCCGUCCUCACCAACAACGGCUAGUCCUAUUGCAAUUCUACAAAAGUCAUCUCUAGCGAUGAGAAAACAAACACCGAAACGACGAUAUAAACUACGUAGCCGUGUUAAUUCAAACCAAUAA